AUGUCAAAACCUCCCAUUUUGAUUAAAGAUUUGGUCAAGGGAAAUCAGGUCUGGAAAAUGCACAUUAGGGUGGUGGAUUUGUGGGUUGUUAGUGAGAAAAAUGGUCAAAAACACCUUGAAGCAGUUAUAGUGGAUGUAAAGGGUGACAAGAUUCAUGUCACCACUUGGGGGAGAGACUUCCAAGAUUGGAUUGAGGUAGUUAAGGAGCAUGAGACGUAUUACCUUUAUAAUGGAGAGCCAGUUGACAAUGAUGGCCCUUUCAAAAUCUGUGAUAACCCACUUAAACUCAUAUUCAAUGGAGGGACUACCAUGUCAAAAGUGGCGAUACCGGAAAUACCAACUCACAGCUACACCUUUCACCCUAUUGCGAGUUUUCUCAAAGGAGACUUCAAGCAUGACAUGUUGUAUGAUGUCAUUGGUGUACUACAAGAUGUUUUGAAAACCCAGACGGGAGGUGGCGGUAGGAAAUCAUGCGUCAAUAUCACUUUGCGUGAUGUAGAAGGCAAUGUGAUCGAGCUGGUAUUAUGGGAGGAUUACGCCAAACAGUUCGUCACCUACACUACCCCUAACAACUUUGCCGGUCCUACUAUAAUUGUUUUGACACAUUCAUGGUGCAAGACUAAUGCAGGUAUUAUAAAUGUACAUUUUGUUUUCGGUUUACCUUGUCUUUCGAACGCAUGGAACGGUUCUAAACUUUACAUCAACUUGGAACAUCCACAAGUUGAGAAAUUCAAAGCUAGUUUUGGAUCCAACCUACCUGCUGCUUCACAAUCAUUGACUUGCGAUUCAUCGGUUCAAUCUAAUAACAUUUUUUGGACCAAAUUGUAUGAGGUCAAGAGUAUACGUGCAGUAUCUGAAUUUGGAAGGGACUGUUUUGCAACCACCAUUGGAACUACCACUUUUUUUAAUGCCUCCAGGUUUGGAUGGUAUUUUGAAUCCAAUGGAAAUACGGAGGCAGAACGCUUUACUAAAUUCAAACUUGAAGUUGAGGUGGAAUAUGAUAACCAUAAGGGGAUAUUUGUUUUUUGGGAUAAGGAUGUUAUUCCUUAUACUAAACAAACUGCUACCAAAUUAAGAGAAAUCAUGAAGAAGGCUGGAGAGGACAAUCCUAAGAUUUGGCCUACUCACCUUGAUGCGCUGUUGAAUAGACAAAUGGUGUUUCGUAUCAAGGAGUUAAUAAAAUCAUCUUUACAAUUAUGUGUUUCUAAGGUAACAACUGCUGCUGAUUUGGAAAUGGACACAACUUCUCCAUCUCUUAAUCCAAACCAAGUCACACAAACUUGCGAACAAUCAAGCGUUGCUCAACCACAUUCUGCUGCUAACCAUAAGGGGAGUCCUUCUGCAAGCUGCAGCAGUACUCCUGCCAAGAGGAUCUCUACGUCAACCUCAAUCAACGAUCUCAUUCAGGAUGAAGAAAUCACUCCUUAA